ACGUGGUUCCUCAGCUGACGCUAACUGACGGUUUCCCAGCUGCAGCGACGGUCUGACGGUCGGCCAGGAUGCCUUUCUCCGAGCUCUAUUUUAACGUAGAUAACGGCUACCUGGAGGGGCUGGUCAGGGGGUUUAAAGCUGGAAUACUGUCUCAGGCCGAUUAUUUAAACCUGGUUCAGUGUGAGACUCUGGAAGACCUAAAGCUCCAUCUGCAAAGCACAGACUAUGGCAGUUUUCUUGCCAAUGAGGCAUCUCCACUCACUGUGUCGGUCAUCGAUGAUAAGUUGAAGGAAAAGAUGGUGGUGGAGUUUCGCCACAUGAGGAACCAGUCGUACGAACCUUUGGCUAGCUUUAUGGAUUUUAUCACGUACAGCUAUAUGAUUGAUAACGUCAUCCUGCUGAUCACGGGCACCCUGCAUCAGAGGGCGAUCUCUGAACUCGUCCCAAAAUGUCACCCCCUGGGAAGCUUCGAGCAGAUGGAGGCAGUCAACAUUGCCCAGACCCCUGCUGAGCUCUAUAAUGCCAUCCUGGUGGACACUCCUCUAGCUGCAUUCUUCCAGGAUUGUAUAUCUGAGCAGGAUCUGGACGAGAUGAAUAUUGAAAUCAUUCGUAACACACUUUACAAGGCUUACCUGGAGGCUUUCUACAAGUUCUGUUCUAACCUGGGAGGAACCACUGCCGACACUAUGUGUCCAAUACUGGAGUUUGAGGCCGAUAGAAGAGCUUUCAUCAUCACCAUCAACUCAUUUGGUACAGAGCUAUCGAAGGAAGACCGAGCCAAGCUCUUCCCUCACUGCGGCAAGCUUUAUCCAGAAGGUCUUGCACAACUGGCCCGUGCUGAUGACUAUGAGCAAGUCAAGGCUGUUGCUGAUUAUUAUCCUGAGUACAAGCUGUUGUUUGAAGGUGCAGGCAGCAACCCAGGAGAUAAAACCCUGGAGGAUCGCUUCUUUGAACAUGAGGUGAAGCUGAACAAGCUAGCUUUCCUCAACCAGUUCCACUUCAGCGUCUUCUACGCAUACGUCAAGCUGAAGGAGCAGGAGUGCAGGAACAUUGUGUGGAUCGCAGAAUGCAUCGCUCAGCGGCACCGCGCUAAAAUUGACAACUACAUCCCAAUAUUUUGAGCUUGCAUUUCCACUCACUUUUUCCAUCUUCAGCCCUCUAUCAUUUCAUCCACUCUCGUCUCUAGUCAGUCUGGUGGUAAAGGAUCUAAAACCCUGGCUCUGAUACUUUCUCAUAGUCAGGUGUUCUAUAUUGUAAAUUCUGUGCUCUAAAACAAAUCACCCGUGUGUUGUUUGCCAGAGGGCUUUGGUCCCUGUUUUGAACCCAUUUGACUUUCAAACUUGUGUCUGGAUGAUCAAACCUUUCCAAGCUCAGUGUGCUUAAACCAUCGCUUCUCACGCUCUCAACCCCUCAGAUGGUAAAAUAAACUUAAGCUGAUAUUUGCAAUUUAGUAAAAACAGGUUAAAUUCAGCAAGCUUCAGUUGGUUGAAGAUUUUGAUUUCUCUUUCUCCAAGCUAACCAAUCUCAACUAGUCUUUAUCUUAUUCAGCUGAAAUAAAAUGUAUUUGAAACAUUCCUCUACUUUAAGUUCUUUAAAGUCUGUAUUUAUUUCUGUUCUGGCACUAGAGUUUAUCUGCAUGUCUGGUAAUUACUGUCUUUCCCAACGACAAAAAGUGACACAAAUGAGUCUGAUUUACUGUUUUAGACAAGUUAUAGCUUGAAUGGAAUGAGAGCUGCGGGUUCUGAAGCAGUCAGACGUUGCUGUCAUUCCUGCAUUUGUGUGAUGUUUCUGUAUAUGAACAAAGUGGUAUUAGAAUAUUGUGGCUAUAUAAAAAAAUCCUGUUAAACUCUACAGGUUAUAUAGAUAUUUAAAAAAUUAUUAUAUGAUUUUGUGUUCUCAUGUU